CAUGGUGGGCAAGUCCCGCGUACCGGAGCGGUGGACCAACUACCUCCCGCUGGGCAGGAGGAUGCCGGGCACCCGCUUCAUCGCCUUCAAGGUCCCCCUGAAGAAGAGCUUUGAUCAGAAGCUUCCUCCAGAGGACAGGUUUUCACCUUGUGACCUCCUUAAGAAAAUCAAAGAGCAGAAGGAGGAGCUGGGGCUGAUCAUUGACCUAACCUACACAACUCGCUACUACAGGCCAGAGGAGCUCCCAGCCACACUCUGCUACUCCAAGAUCUUGACAAUGGGCCAUGAAAUCCCAAACAAACAAACCAUUUACCAGUUCAAAUAUGUGGUAAAGAAGUUUCUGGAAGACAACAAAGACAAUGACAAACUGAUAGGAGUUCACUGCACCCAUGGCUUGAACAGAACUGGCUACCUGGUCUGUAGGUACCUGAUUGAUGUGGAAGGCAUGGAGCCCAACGCGGCCAUCGAACUGUUCAACAGGUCCCGAGGGCAUCCCAUAGAGAGAACCAACUAUAUCCAGGACCUUAGGAAGAGAGCUGUACAGAAGAACUGUGGAGUGAAGAGUUUCAGCUCAGGCUCCUUCAAAGACAAAUCCAGUGCUGCAGCAAACACUAAAAAGCAGAUCACCAAGCACCAUCCACAUCACUCCAACCAGCACCCCUUGGCAGUGCCCAGGCUGUUCCCAGCUCAGGAAGAAUGGCAGAGGAAGAGUGAAUGCAGGAGCUCCAGCAGCGCCAGGAAGAGCCGGCGGCGAGGCCCCAAGGUGCAGGCACAGCCCCAGGAGCUGGCAGCCGGCUCAGCUGCGCAGAGGCAGCCCUGCGCUCUGGCAGCCAGGAACUCGCAGCUCACCUUGCCUGGCGAGGAGCUGCGCAAGGGACUUUGCUUCUCCACCCAGACCCCCCAGUUCUACCCACCACAGAAAUCUCCUGCAGCCAGGAAACGCAAGCGCCGGCGGAAGAAGCCUGCAGAGACAGCCUAG